GCAGGGGAGGGGGGCGUGCAGAGAUUUAAGAGAUUGUGGGGUCCCUGUCUGCCUCCCUGGUUCUCACCUCUUGCCUAUAAAAGCAUGAAACACAUGUUUCCACCACUGUUGUAUUUCGCACGCAGCAGGUGUCAAGGACUACAUCGAUCCAUUCAUUGAGGAUAGUGACAACGUUGAGGUAGAAAUGGCUGAAUCGAUGCUCAUCUUGAGAAUGUGUUCCAUAAUGCUGGUCCUUGGUUUUUCAGAGGCCAAAAUGGAAAUCAUCACCAGCAAACCAGAUGUGUUGCUGGGUGAGAAUGCCAUGCUCCUCUGCAAAGCCGGUGGGGAAGGAGACAUCACCUGGCAGAAAGAUGGAGAGGAUGCUGAAGAUGACCAGGUAGAGAAAGUGGAUGAGACAUCGUCAAAACUGUUAAUCAGGAAUGCCAAGAUCGAGGAUACAGGACGGUACACAUGCUUCUGUGAAUUUGACACAGGCCACAGAGAUGAUAUAUCUUAUACCAUCUUUGUCUACGAGCCGCCAUCCUUCGGGCAAACACCAGUCUACCAUGAGUUCCUGGAGGGUCAAGAUGUGGUCAUCACCUGCGUGGUCACUGGCAAGCCGGCGGUGGAAGUCAACUGGGAGAGGGACCAUCAGAAACUGCACUCUGACGCAGGUCGGAUCACAAGACUGAAAGACAACUCCCUACAGAUCAACAACAUCAGCAGGAAGGAUCGCGGAUCAUAUACCUGUGGGGCUAAAAUCAAGGACCGGCCCAUUUUCAAAAAGCUCGUCAUCUCCAUCUUCGUCAACGUUCCUCCCACAGUGAAGAUCCAUGAGGAGGUGAAGAAAGUCACGGCCGGACCAGAGACCAAUGUCUCCCUCAGCUGCCUGGUCGAGGGAGUCCCCCAACCGAACAUCAUCUGGACAAUCCCAGACUCUUCAGAUGAGUCCCGCUACAAAUACAACUCAGACAAGAGCGAGCUGAUUAUCUCGUCCGUAGUCAGGAGCGACUACGGAGAGUACAUCUGCACGGCCAAGAAUAAGAUCGCAGAGAGCAGUGCCAUGAUCAUGCUGGAUGUCUCAGAGCAUCCUGUAGCUGUGCUGAGCCAGGAGAAGAUGGAGGUGGAGCCAGGCCAGACUCUCUCAGUGUCCUGUAACGUCUCAGGACACCCUAUGCCCGCGCUGCAGUGGGUCAGGAAGACCAACAAUAACCACCUGGUAACAGUGGACGCUGGUAGAGGUCGAGUGAGAAUGGAGGAUGGCUAUGUCCUGGUCAUUGACAAUGUGACUCCCUCAGAUGGAGGGCUGUACAGCUGCAUGGCUAUCAGUCCUGCUGGCAAUGCCUCCACAGACUUCAGCCUGCAGACCUGGCCAGGUAAAGCAUCACAGGUAAGUGGCACGCCAGGGCCCACAUCGGUCCACUUCACCCUGGGGGCUUCACUGGUGGAUGGGGGCUCUCCCAUCACCCACUUCACCCUCCAGUGGAAGACAGGACGUGAGAACAAUUGGCAGGAGAGGGUCCUCCAGUCCACAGACCCCCUGGUGAUCACAGAUCUGAUUCCCUACACCUCCUACUCUGUCCGGUUUGCCCCUCGGAACCACCUGGGUCAGGGUGGCUUCUCAGACGAGCUCACCGUCCGCACACAGGGCAUACGAGGGGAACCAGAAAGCCCGGUCCUGGUGGCCAGCGAGGGGAUGGUUGAGGGCAAUGUGUUCUCAAUCCCUUUAAUACAGUUGGAUAGAGGAGGCUCCCCCAUUAUCCACUACAUUGUCCGUUACAGAGUGAAUAAGAUGGACGAGGACUGGAGGGUGAAGGACCUGCCGUCCAACUCGACAGUGAUCAACCUCCAUGACCUGCAGUAUAAAUCAGACUACCACAUGGAGGUGCUAGCCGUCAACUCCUACGGCUCCUCCAGCCCCGCCAAGCUGAACUUCAACGUCCCACAGCCUGUAGCCAAGAUGAAUAAGGGUGGGAUGGGGAAAGGGGCUGUGGCAGGCAUUGUCAUGCUCAUCUUUUUGGUGCUACUGAUUGCUGUGGACGCCACCUGUUGCUAUAUCAACAGCUGCGGUAUGCUGAUGUUCCUGGCUGUCAAGCUGUUUGGGCAGAAGGUCCCUGGGAUGAAGACUGUGGAGGAGGGUGAUGGCACCUCUAAUGGGAAAAGGUCCCCCGUUGGAGAUCCUGCCACAGAGGCAUGAGUUACUGAACAGGAAGUGACAUCCUAGUAUCUGAAGAAUGGAACCUGUAAAUGCCAAAGCAGAAAGGAGGAAGUAUUGUGAGUUGGGGGUCUUAGUUAAACGUUUUUGGAAAGUUCCCAGGACAGUCCAAGUUGAGAAAGGAUAAGGAUUCGGAAAGUUAUCUGUGAACUGUAAUGUCUAACAUCAACAGAUGGUUGUAAUUUCGUCCAGCCCUGUGGAAUCUCAUGUUAAGUGUUACAUUUCCUUGCUUUUAUAUUUCAGUACAUUCAUGUUAUAUUUCAGUACUUUAAGGCUGCUGUAAAUUAUCAGGGAGACCUUCGUAGUUCAUUAAUUGAUUUAUAACUCAUUAUUUAUUGAAGUCAAUAUUCACUUUAAUCUGCAAAUAAUCUGUAAGUGACAUAUCAUUAUUUAAUAAGGAAUGUUUAUCCUAACAUAUUAACAGUAUAUAGCAUAAUCACAUUAACAAAUAACGACGUGCCAAAAUUAAAUUUCUUCAAGUGUUGUAAUCAUGAGAAAUAUACAGAGCUCUUAUAUAUUACAGAGUAAUAUGAUAUGCUUCUUUUUUAAUAAUCUGUUUUUAAAUGUCAUACCCUGUGUGCUCAUGUAAUCAUUUUAUGUUUGUAUUUGUAUAAUUAUCCACUUUUUUACAGUUUAUUUUGUAUAUUGUACACUGUACAUUGUUUGUACAUACACAUACACUAUAACAGCUAUGUAUUUUUCUAUUUAAAAAAUGUCACUUAACAUGCUUUUUUUCAUUCACUUUUCUUGAGUUUACCAUUCUGUAGGGCUUGAGGUCUUGAUAUCAAAGUUCUCUGACCACCUCAGUGUGUUUGUAGUUGGCUGUAGACAUGUGCAUCGUCAUCCUCUGCCUUGUUAUUCAGCUGCCUCCUUUUAAAGGGAACAGGUUUUAGUGCACAUCUAUAUUUGUAUUUACCUAGUAGUUAUUACUAUAUUACAGAUACAUUACGUA